AAGUGGAAAAGCAAAAGAAAAACAAACCAAAAUUUGGGAGAUAAACAAGAAGCGCGUUCAACAUUUAAUAUUUUCGAAAAUGUUUAUUUCUUAUUACUAAGUUAAAUAUGAGUUGCCAAAGAUAUUCCUCAUGGGUAUUGCAGAGGCAAUCCAUUGGAGAAUGCCAUCGCUUGCGAGUGGGAGUUAGUUCUGUGGGUCGCCAUUCAUCCUCUCUAAUACGUAUAUUGGACUCGCAUUAUGUGUCGCGACACCAUGCCGAAAUAGAAGUUUCUCUGGAUGAUCAGUCGGUGACGAUAAAGGAUCUGAAUUCAGUCAAUGGCGUUUUCGUUAAUAACGUUUUACACAAAAGUUCCACAAUUACUCUGAGUUCUGAGGACACCAUUGGCAUUGGUGUAUCGACAAAUUGCAACGAAGAAGAGGACGAACUGACCCUGCCCAUAUACAAUUUAAAAUAUAUGCCAAUUACUAGAGCAAAGAAUAAUGCCAAUACAGCUCAACGAGCUGUAAAGAGAGAGAGCGAUAAUAUACCUAGCACAAGUAGAGCGGCUCCUAGUGCUUCAGCUAAACCAAACAUAGAGCAACCCAUUUUAAUAAUAAGCGAUGACGAAGACGAGAUUGAUGGAUUGAAUUUUAAGGUUAAAAAACAAGAGGAAAACAAGGGGAACGAACCGAAUGCAAAUGAAAAACAGCAAAAUCUCAAUCCAAAUUCCUUGGAAUUGCCCCAGAUAGUCAUUAAGAAGGAGAAGAUACCAUGUGAAAAAGAGCAGCCCAAAGCUAUAGGACAGAAAAAUAAGCCAAUUGACAAAAAUAAAGAAAUACCAAAUGUCAACUUGGUGACAGAAUUAACACUGGCUGGAACAAGCAAACAUAGUAAUGAGACAUUCAAGGAUAAGCAACUCAAUGAAAAUGCUUUACCAAUUGAUAGAGCUAACCAGACUAUCUCUGAGAACAAACCGCCAUCAAGAUUGGAAAAGGACAAGGAGCAAAGUAUUCAUAUACCUAUUAUCUCAGAGAUAAAGCAAGAGCUCAUACGCUCCGUAUCGGCUGAUGUGAAGGACAUUUUUGGUGAUCUUGACGAUGAUGAGAAGGACAAACUUAAGGAAAUCAAUCCCCUGGUGUAUAAUGAUCUCAGUGGAAAACCAUUGCUACUGCCUACAUCGAGUGCGACCAAUCUCUUGGCCCAUGGUGAAUUUAUAACUCUGCUUAGUGAUGAAGAAGAGGAGGAGGAAGAGGAAUUGGGUAUUUUCAUACCAAAUUCACCUCAGAAGCAUGCUGAUAAAAAGGCAGCUGUUCCUACUACUGAAAUAGCAAAAAGUCCCAACAUUUUCAAUACGUCUUUAAACGAUUCUAUCGAAGAUACUUCCAAAGCUUUAGAGGUACUUAAAAAUCACCUAAACGAAACAAAAAGCAAAGAACAAUCCAUAGCCAACGACAACAUUGACCUGGAUGAUUACACUUCCUAUGAACCCCAUUCGGAAGAUGAGGAUGAAUUUAUGUUUUCACAAGUUCUGCUUAACGACAUGAAGGCCGAGCUGCAAGAUGAUUUUAAAAAAGACUUGGAUGACGACAGCAAUGAUGCAGCCCACCCCGAUAAUGAUGCGGCCGAGCUUCCCAUUCAAAUAAAACAGGAACCCGAUUGGGAGAAAAACUCCUCAUUGUUAAGUGAGCUUGAUAACACCAGCUGGGUGAUAAGCGAUGAGGAGGACUAUGACAAGGAGCUGGAAACCAAAGUGUCUGACUGGUCGAGUAAAAUCUUCUCACAAAGCUAUAACAAUAUGUCGCAGAUAUAUGAUUUGGACACCAAUAUUACUGAUGACGAAGAUGACGGUGAGGACGAUGUUCUGGAAGAUAUUGGACGCCUAGAAGAUGACAUCGAUGCUAUUACAGACUUGUACAAUAGCAUAAAUGAGGAAAACGAGCAAGGGCAAAAGGAAGAAGACAAAGAAAAAGAAGGCUCCAAAAUUAUCCCAGAGGUGGAGGCAAAAAGAGUUUUGGACAAGCAAGAGAAUGAAAGCCUGAAGUCAGAGCAGCAACAGACAGACAGCACUGUUAGAACUAUGGAUGAAAGAGAAAAAAGUCCUGAGCUAGUUGCCACAAAACUAGAUGCAGAAUCACCGCUAAUAAGGCCCAGACUUAAAAGUUUUACAAAAUGUAAGCCAGUGCUGUCAUCAUCUGAAGAUGAAUUUGAAAAUGACAACCGUGAACCACAAAAGCCUCACCGCCCAGCAGAGCAACAGCCAGAGACAAAUAAUGUCACACCUACACCAUUAAAAGCAGUGGAUGCCGAAAAACCACCCGCCAUAAGGACUAUACCUCAAAUCAUAAGUCCCCCCUCAUUGCCCAAGCACAAGGGUAAACUAAGAGGAGUGUCCGCCGAGCCCAGUUCACCUAGCACAACCAAACACAAAAAUGUACCUCUUCUAACCAAGAAACUCCAUAACAUAAGGGAACAAAUUUGGGCGGAGGAAACUCACAAAUCCCUGAAAAGAAAAUGGACAGAAAAACCAAGCAUAGGCAAGAAACGUGAUAAGGAGCGCAUGAAAGUCAUGAAGGAAUGUCGCAAGGACAAAUUGAAACAGCUGGCUGAAAAACCUAUCUCAUCCUCAAAGGAUAGUUUGAAACGAAAAAGUUCCUCCUCCUCAAGUGGAGAAACAAAUGCCAAAAAGGCCAAAGUAAAGGUGACCGUAAAUAAUAGGGGAGCCUUCCUAACCGAAAAUCAGCCAAAGGCACCAGUGCCAGUUACUGCAACAAAAGCCAAAAUACAUGAAACGACAGCUUUUAAAAUUCCCAAAGUCAUAGCUAAUCAUAAAUGCGAUGAAACCAUAAAGGAGGGCUUGAAACGUUCCAACAGCAUAGACGAAAUCAAAAAGAGAGAACCCCUUAAACGAGGUGCCAGCUUGGAUGGCGGCCUAACAACAUUCUCUCAGGAAAUAUCCAAAGCUGAUCAGAUUUUGUUCAAGAAGACGGAAACAAAAUGUACAAAUCAACCAAAUAAGCGUACAACAAUGCUGCAUGCGGAUGGCCCCAGUGCGGUUUGUAAAGAAGCUGUAGCCGCUCGUGCUCUCCGUACUACCAACAAAAUCACAUUUGCCUCCAUGGAAAGAAAUAUCACCGAAUCGGAAAGGAAUAAAAACAAAUUGAAUACCAUGUGUAAUAAACGUUGCAACAAACCCAUAGAGAAUCCUCCUUCCAUACUCUCAUCGCCCGUAAGGGGACAUAGCAAAAAGAAGACUGUACGUUUCAAUGAUACACCCAUUAUACAUUACAUUGAACGUGUCUAUGGUGCAAGAAAAGUAGCUGGAAAAGAUAUCCUCCCCCUGACCACCCACAAAGAUCGUCGCCAUAUGAUAAGGCGUACAUAUCCCAUUAUUGAUAACACCGACAAGAUUAUAACACAAAUCCUGUGCUGGAGCGAUGAAUGGUUGGUGAAACGAAACGCCGCUGUGGAUGCUGCUGGUGAUAUUGUCUAUCCGAUGCCAACGCACUUUAGUUCAUUCGAACAUUACAAAAGCAUAAUGUUUCCCUUAAUGAAAUUGGAGUUUGCAAGCCUGCUGGAGCGCCAAUACAAUCAGACAUCACAUAUUAAAAAAUACAAAGUCAACUUGGAGUAUGUAACCACAAACUUGGAUCGGCUUAUGUUGGUAACGAAAUUUAACUAUCAGAAUCGCAAAGAAAUGGAUAGUGCCAAAUACGAUCUGGUGAUAUUGGAAUCAAAGCAAAUUAACACCGAUAUGUUUGCGUACUUGACCUCGACACGUAAAGCGGCUGGUUCCUGCAAUACGAUGGUCUUUGAAAUAGUACCCAAAAAUAUUACCAAAGAAUUCUUUUGUGGCAUACAUGAGUUGACAGUGCGACCAGUCAUUGAUAAUGUUCGCGUCGAAUUUGGUGCUUUCAAUGCUGUCUAUCAGCUGGAGGCAACACCACUGUUCAAAAAAAUACUCAAUCCUGUGGAAUUGUUACAAUGUCGCCAUCCGGCCAAAAAGAAAGUCAUCUAUAGGGGCUUCAAUCAAUUGAACGAACGCCAACAUCAGGUUCUACUCAAUACGUAUUCGCGCAUUAUUGAUGAAUCUUCACCCAAUGUUUCACUUAUACAAGGACCUCCCGGCACUGGCAAAUCAUGUGUCAUAACAAAUUUAGCCCUUCAAACCAUGUAUGGCGAUGAGGUACGCUGCAUGGAUAAGAAAAUACUGGUAUGUGCUCAGAGUAAUGCCGCUGUGGAUGUCAUUGCUGAAAAACUCUUCGACAUCAGUAUGAGAAUGCGACCGGAGAGACGUUUUCGUUUAAUACGUUACGGAUUGCAAGAGAAAAUCAAUCCAUUUUUACAUCCAGUUACACUGCCACACAUCAUACAGCAGGAGCAAAUAAAAAAACUAAAGGCAACAAAUCCAGAAAUUUCCAUGGAAAAUAAAGAGAAUUUAAAAAAUCAGAUGCUGCAAUUGGAGGCCCAAAUCGCUGAUUUGUCAAAACGCAACAUCAAGGGCACCGUCGAAGAAGAUAUGCUGCUGGAGAAGCAACGCCAAUUGCAAUUGAUGCGUAAUAUAUCGAAUCAAUUCACCCGACCCGAAGACGAACGCAGCAUUGCAACUUGGUUUCUAAGCAAUGCCAAUAUUGUUUGUGCCACACUGUCCAGUUGUGUCAAGCUAUCGCAAUUUGUUAAUUACUUUGAUAUCUGCAUAAUAGACGAGGCCACACAGUGUACAGAACCAUGGACUUUGUUGCCCUUGAAAUUUGGUAUUAAUUCCUUGGUGUUGGUGGGUGAUACUCAACAGUUGCCAGCCACCAUAUUGUCAAAGAAAGCCAAUGAGCUGGGCUUGGGCAAAUCUAUGUUCACUAGAAUACAAAACUGUUUGGACACCUUGCCCAGCAGCGCCCACAAUAGCGUUGGUACCAUAACUCCAAACUAUAUUAUCUCAGGACUACAAACACAAUAUCGUAUGCAUCCGGAAAUUUGCAAAUGGCCCAAUCAGUAUUUCUAUAGGAAUGAGCUCAUCCAUGGCAGAAUCACUCUGGAAUUCAAAUCACCUCUGGUGCCUUUCUCAGUGCUGAAUUUAGCCUAUACCCAAAACGAAGCUUGUCAUAAUGGUAAAAUUACCAACAAUCUAGAGGCUGAGUUUGUGGCCAAACUUCUCAAGGCACUGGAUGGAUUUAUUCCAAACAAAUAUAAUAGUUAUGGUGUUAUAACACCAUAUGCUCAACACAGAGCCACAUUGGAACAUGCUAUAAGAUCUCUGGGCCUUACCAACAUUAUGGUAAACACUAUAGAAUCAUAUCAGGGCUUGGAAAAAGAUGUCAUCGUUAUAUCGAAUGCCCGCACCAGCGGUGUAGGCUUUCUUGCCAAUCCCCAACGACUGAAUGUGGCUUUGACGCGUCCUAAAAAAUGUCUGAUAUUAUGUGGAAACUUCAAAAAUUUAGAGAUUGUUCCGGCCUGGCGUUGCCUUCUCCAAAGUGCACGUGAGAGAAAUCUUUACCAUGAAAUCUCCACAAAUUGUAUAAAUAAUAUACAUACGAAUGUGAUCGAUAAAAUUAGGAUUAAAAAAUGAAUUGAAACAAUGUACAUACAAGCAUACAUGGAACUACAGUUCAACUGUAUUCAUCUACCUGAUAUUAAGUCACGCCUACUUAUCUUCGAAUGCCUACCGCUACAAUUCAAACGCAAGUGUUUUUUUUAUUUAAGAUAGAUUAGUUAGUUUCUCAUAUGCAUUUAAGCAUUUUUUACGAUAAGUUACCUCUUUGUUACAUCAAAUCAAUUUGAUGUGAUUUUUUCAUAUAUUGUUUUUUUUUAUUAUUAUUUUUAU